AUGCACAAUGGAGAGAAACCCUAUGAAUGUAACCAAUGUGGGAAAGCCUUCAUGGUUCUGUCAUAUCUUGAAAGCCACGUAAGAACCCACACUGGUGAGAAACCCUUCGAAUGUAACCAGUGUGGAAAAACCUUCAACUGGCCCAACUCUUUACAAGCACAUAUGAGAACGCACUCUGAUGAGAAACCCUUUGAAUGUAACCAAUGUGGGAAAACAUUUAUGUAUUCCUCCUCCCUUAAACUACAUUUAAGACGGCACAGUGGAGAGAAACCUUAUGAAUGUAAGGAAUGUGGAAAAGCCUUCAGCUGUCCCACAUACUUCCGAGAACAUGUGAGAAUGCACACUGGAGAGAAACCCUAUGAAUGUAAUGAGCAGAAACCUUAUGAAUGUAAGCAAUGUGGCAAAGGUUUCAGAUGUCCCAAAUACUUUCGACAACAUGUGAACAUGCACAGUGGAGAGAAACCCUAUGAAUGUAAGGAAUGUGGGAAAGUCUACAGUAUGCCUGCAAAUCUUCGACAACAUAUGAUAACGCACAGUGGUGAGAGACCUUAUGAAUGUAAACAAUGUGGGAAAACCUUCAGUUGGUCUACCUCCUUACGAUUACAUAUGAGGACGCACUCUAGUGAGAAACCCUAUGAAUGUAAGCAAUGUGGAAAAGCUUACAAGUGUCUCAUAUCCCUGCAAGGACAUAUGAGAAAACACACUGGAGAGAAACCUUAA